GCUUUUGGUACAUCUCUGUCUGCCGGAUGGGUUCGUGUUGUGGCUUGUGCGUCACCCCGGAACAGUGGUUUGGAGAAGUGGGACUGUAACGGGACUAGAAGUCUCCCAGCCCUGCGGCAAAGCGACCAAUAUGUGGUUGCAGAAGCACCUGUGAUUCGUUGGAUUUCUGUUUGCUACCACGUUUUUCUCAACUUCUAAUCCGUCAACAUUUUAGGCAUCUCUGUUUAAUUAUAUUGUGCAAAAAUUCUAAUUUGUGUAAUUUGAUAAGAUAUCAUGACCUCCAAAGACGACGCCAAGUGCCCUACGGUUAUGGAGGACCGGAGGCGCAGUCCGCUGGACCAUCUCCCGCCGCCGGCCAACUCUAACAAACCUCUCACGCCGUUUAGUAUAGAGGAUAUCCUGAACAAGCCUUCAAUGAAACGAAGUUACUCCAUCUGCGGGACAGCACAUCUGAUUUCCUCCAGUGAAAAGCUCCCCUCGUCGGGCCAUAGCCUCUCCAACCGGGGCCUCUUCACCCAAACGUCCCCACUGUGCGCUCUUGAAGAACUCGCCAGCAAAACCUUCAAGGGUCUUGAAGUCAGUGUACUUCAGGCGGCUGAAGGACGAGAUGGCAUGACAGUAUUUGGACAAAGAAAUUCUCAAAAGAAGCGCCGAAAAUCGCGUACAGCCUUCACCAACCACCAGAUUUACGAGUUGGAGAAGCGCUUCCUGUACCAGAAAUACCUGAGUCCGGCUGAUCGCGAUCAGAUAGCUCAGCAACUUGGCCUAACCAAUGCGCAGGUCAUCACCUGGUUCCAGAACCGGCGCGCCAAGCUCAAGAGAGAUCUGGAAGAAAUGAAAGCGGAUGUUGAGUCGGCUAAAGCAGUGGGAGUAGUCGCGUUCGAGAAAAUUGCCAAACUUGCGGAGUUGGAGAAAUGCGCAGCUAAUGGCGCUUUGGGGCACUCUGGGCCCGAAUCGCCGUUAUCCCAAUCGAACCAAGAGCGCGAUACACAGAACAAACUGCAAUUGUCCUCCCCCUCGUCCCCAUACACAGACCACACGAGUAGUAAAGGUUGUUCCGAGGAUGAGGAUGAAGAAAUCGACGUCGAUGACUAA